ACGUAUUAUACGAUUUUUGUAAGUCCGGAUUAUCAUUUAAUUAUAUUUUUUUUACGUUUUUCACUACGCAAACAACUUUCUGUUUUAGCGCGCUGAACAUGUCAGUUUGCUUUAAACUGCUGACAAUUGCAGGCCUAAUCUCACGGAUCUCGUUUGUUUCACCUGAAAUUAAGAGUGUGGACAUUCAAACAGGUUAUGAUCCUGGCUCGUGUAGCAAGAAGGAACGUGGUUUGUUAAAAUUGAUCAAAGAUCGUUCAAACAGUGACAAACUGUUAAUUUGCAAGGAAGAAAAUGGAGUUUAUGCUUGGAUGACAACGGACGGUUCCAGUCCGUCUGGCGAAUAUUUUAACCCCGGCUACGACUGCACGGAUAUUUUGAAAAAGAAUUGGGAACCUCGAGACGGAUUUUAUUACAUAAAUUUCAAUCGGGGUGCUCCCAAGAGGUGUAUUGUGACAUGACAACAGAUGGAGGAGGAUUUGCGCUGAUUAAUUGGUAAACUCAACAGUUCUGUAACAUGGAAAGUUCCAUCCAAAAACACAACAGUUGAUCCAUUUGGUGAAUCUCAGUGGUCCAGUGAUCUCGGUGACGCUCCAGUUCUUGAUUUCAGAAUACAAAUAUCAACCACGG